UCUUUUUUCCCCCAAAACUGUGAUAGUAAUCACUGUUUUAGUUUCAAGAAUCUCAACUUUCUGAAUUCAUUAAACAAUUUAGCUCAGACCCAGAUAGGUUUUUUUCACUUUGAUAAACAUGGCUGAUGUUUCUGAAGCUGAAGGAGAUAGAGAAGUACCAAUUUGCCCUUCAAUCCCUUCUGGUGAACAAACGGUUUGGGCUGAUGCUUCAACCCUUCUACAGCUCGCCUGUAAUGAUCUUCGAGAUGGAGAGCUGAUACAUGGGGAGAAAUUUAAUCUUUUUGCUGCCAUGUCGGCGUUAGAGAUAAUGGACCCAAAGAUGGAUUCAGGCAUGGUACGCACAUACUAUUCAGUAGAUGAAGCUAUUGAGUAUGGUGCUGCUCCUAUUCCUUUGAGUUUUGACAAAACAGUUGAUGUUCAAGGUAUCAUUGAUAUCAUGGAUCAUCUUCUUGCUUGUGAGGUAACAUGGCAUAAAGGUUGUUCACUGGCUCAAACUGUUUUUUCUUGCUUAUACCUUUUGAGGCCUGAUAGAACGUCAUCGCAUGCGCUACUACAUUCAUAUUGCAGAGUCAUGCGUGCAACCUGCAAUGCGGUUGUUUGCACAGUCUCAGAUACACGCACAAAUGAAGAGGAAGAUCUCUUCACUAUGACACAUGGCCUUCCUCUAAAGGUAGAUGGAGAUGAAAAAUGUUUGACAAUGCUACAUGCAGUCGAAGAAACAAUUGCUCGUCAAUUACGGGCUUGUAAAGCUACAUUGUCUAAGAAGAGAGUUACAGAAGAUAUAGAACCAUUACAAAAUAACCCUGAUUUGGAGGAAGGAUUCUGCAAAUCUUUGUUAUGCCGAUUACGUUUUCGUAAGCACUUUUACCAUGUUGUGACAAAUAUGAAGAGACCACAAGGCAGAGGUUUGGAAUUGGCAAAGAAACAUAUUGCUUGUUGCUUUGAAGAGGUAGAAUCAAUGAUUAAGUCAGCAGAAUUCUUGAGGUCUAUCAAUGCACCAGGAACUUUGGAAGAUGGAAAGAAAAAUGAAACAACUGCUUCAGGUUGUCAACCUGUUGGGUUUGAUUCUACCUUAAAUAGUAGAUUAUCGGCUCCAACUCCACCUCGUGCUAUCGAGACAAUUAGCUGGAAGAAGGCAACUGAAUAUUUCCAAAAGCUACUUCAUGAGCUAGAGAUCAUAUGUUCCUACAAUUUAGAUCCAGUCUUUGAAGGUGUUUUACGAUUUGUGGUCGAGUUUCAAAAGUUUCAACCAGAAUUGGUUGCUAGAGCUCAUCUCCAGCAUUUGCUGGUUCAAGAUGGGAAGCUUUAUGGGCGUGAUUCUGUCUUUGCUGUGAUUUGUAAAGCUUCUUUGUUACCUGAGGUGGCGAAGCACCAUGAUAUUCAGAAGAACGAAACUGUUGUACAGCUUGGGCAAUUGUUAAUCACUUUGCUUCGAGUUCUUUGUACCAACAUUUCCUGGCAAAGGCGUAAACUUGGAAAGAUUUUGCAAGAUUGGCGCAUUAUACACGUACAGCUGGAACUGGCUUUUAGGAAAGAGUGCGGAGAUUUCUCAGCCACUUCAAGUAAUGAGAAUAUUUGCAUGAAGAUAUGCAGACACAUUCUCAUAUGGGUGGAGGAGCAAACAUACUGGAUUGCUUUCCGUUUCCUGAUGUUGGGAUUUGAAUUAGACUUGUAUUCUACUGGUGAAUAUUGUAUGGUCUAUUGGUACAUGUAUAUUAUCCUGAUCAAGCUUGCGGAGAAAACACAUAUGAGGGUAAUGACCAGCAAUGAAAUCGGUAAAAGGAAAGGGAAGAAGAAAAGAGAUUUGGUGAAAGAUGGGGGAAAAGAUUAUCAACUCCCACCUGCAAUUUUGCUUCUUCAGUGCCAUGUAUAUCUUGCUGAAGGUCUUACCAUGAUGCUUGCAGCUUUGAGGAAUGAACGGCAAAUCUAUCUCAGCACAGGACCUUUCAACAGUGAGCAUGAGAGGUUUGUCCAGCACUUUGAGUUGCUUCUGAAAGCUUGCUUGCCCGAUCAUGUCUCAUAUUAUUCAUUCGAGGAGACAACUGUUCAUGCUCGUCUAUCUAACAUGUCUAUGUACAACUGCUUCAAAGAAACUCAGAGAAUAGCAAAGGAGCUAAGGAGCAAUUUUGCUAAUGAUUCGGAUAAAAUGGCAGAGCUUCGUCGUAUAGAACAGGUAGCUGAACAUAACAGUGUUGCGCUGAGUCUUAUUUCCCGGCUAGGUGCUGUUGACGCAUCACUUAAGGUUCAAUUCGAGUUCAGCCACCAUCCUUUCUUUGCCACUGCUGUUGUGAAGAGAUCUUGAAGAUGAACUACUUUUCAUCUCCAAAUUUUGUCAUCAUUUCACUGUUGUGAAGAGAUCUUGAAAGUGAGAAUCUUCUCUUGAUCUCCAGUUUUGAAGUAUUCUUAGGUCUCAUUGGAUGAUGUAGUCCAUUUUUUCUUUGAUAUCUACAUUUUUUUCUUUUCAUUUAUUUAUUUAUUUAUUUAUCAUUUCCAAUGAUGUAAUAUUGUAAUUUGGGGAAAGGAACAAUCAAAUACUUCAUGUAAAAUAUAGCCAUCCAGUGUGGGACAUAUGAGGCUUUGCUAGAUCAUAUAAAUAUUGUGUUUUGAAAAUAAUACAGAACCUUGUUAAAAACCCAAAA